AUGGAAUCCAAACUAGACCUCGAGUCCCAAAAACCAACCCCGCAGAUCGAUUCUCCUCACGACUCGGAAUCAGAAGAUGAACUCGCCUUAAAACCCGUGCCCUCAAACGCCUAUGGCAUUCCAACAUGGCGCAAAUGCCUAAUCCUUUUUGUCGUCAGCUGGAUGACCCUGGCUGUCACAUUCUCCAGUACUUCACUAUUGCCCGCAACCCCGGAGAUCGCUACCGACUUUUCUACUACAUCGGAAAUUCUUAAUGUCACUAAUGCCGGUGUACUAAUUGCUAUGGGUUUCUCUUCUUUUAUUUGGGGUCCUAUCACCAACCUAUUCGGCCGUCGCAAUGCCUAUAAUGCAGCUAUCCUCGUGCUUUGUGCAUGCUCGGCCGGUACAGCCGCGGCGAUCAAUUUGCAUAUGUUUAUCGCAAUGCGCAUUUUGGGAGGCUUUACCGGUACCUUCUUCAUGGUUGCUGGGCAGACUAUUCUUGCAGAUAUCUUUGAACCAACUGUGCGUGGAACGGCUGUCGGCUGCUUUAUGGUUGGAUCUGUCAGUGGGCCUGCAAUUGGGCCCUGUAUCGGUGGCAUCAUCGUCACUUUCGCUCAAUGGCGCAUUAUCUAUUGGUUGCAAUUCGCAAUGACUUUACUUGGCCUCGUAUUGUCUCUUCUUUUCGUGCCAAGUAUCCAAGAAAAGAAUCGGGACUCCAACGAACCCCGCAAACUUCGCACUGUUAUAAGCAUGUUCAACCCCAUGCGCAUCUUUCGCCAAUUCGUGUAUCCCAAUAUCUUUCUUGCAUGCCUCACAUGUGGCCUCCUUUCUACAUUCCAAUACGCACUACUCACAUCAGCCCGCUCAAUUUUCAAUCCCCGUUUCAACUUGACGUCUCCUCUUAUCAGUGGCCUAUUCUACCUGUCCCCCGGAAUAGGCUUUCUGAUCGGUAGCGUCGUUGGCGGCAAGCUGUCCGACCAUGCCGUGAAGAAAUGGAUUGUCAAACGAAACGGGGUCCGCCUGCCUCAGGACCGACUGAACAGUGGCAUUGCCACCCUUUUUGGGGUUCUCCCAGUUGCAACCCUGAUUUACUGCUGGACGUUAGAGGAAGAAGUUGGCGGUAUGGUUGUGCCAAUUAUCGCUGCCUUCUUUGCGGGAGUAGGCCUUCUGGGUGCUUUCAAUGGGCUAAAUACUUAUUCUGCUGAGGUUAUGCCGCAUGUUCGUUCAGAGGUUAUCAGCGCGAAGUACAUGGUGCAGUAUAUUUUUGCUGCCGGAGCGACGGCGGUUGUUGAGCCGAUAAUUAGUGCGAUCGGAGUAGGGUGGACAUUUACUAUCUGUGUAUUCUUCGCUAUAACAGGUGGUUUCUUUGUGCUUGCUAUCACGAAAUGGGGCAUUGAUAUGCAGCGAUGUAACGACUCGGCCAAAUCCCCAAAGCGCCGAGCGCUCGGAAAAAACCUUUCAGAAGUCCGACCGCAUCCGGCGAUUUCUAUUAUUGCACAAUUUGAAAAGCCCGAGAAUAAGGGAAUUGGGCAGAUGGUGAGGAAAAGACGUGCUCUUACAGAGCAAGAGCAGGAAAGUCGCGAGUCCCAAAGAAGGAAAUUUGUCGCCUAUUUAGAUCAGAUCCUGGCGGAGAAUCAGCGGCUCAAGGAGCGGUCGAUCACCUCGGCUCAAGUUGCCGAGACCAACGACCCAUCGCAGAGACGCCCUUCCAGGACAGCAGAUGCCCCUGAUGGAACGGGAAUUCAGAAUCCAUUGAUUGGAGAUCGAGCCUGGUUCCACCGGUAUGAUCCCUCUUCGCCACCCAUCUACAUCGGCGAGGCAGCAUGUUCAGCAUUCGCAACCCGGUUUCGGCGUUUCUUGUCGGGGAACAGUGCAAUGCCACAUAUUCCUCGAACACAGUGGGAACGCGAAGAGACAAUCGCCGCAGCGAACGAAGCAGAUGUUCAGUGGCCGAGUCUCCACCAUGCUCGGUUGUUAGUUCGGAUCGCAAUCCAUCAGAUCGGACAUUUGUACCACCUCAUGACGCGCAAGUCGACCUUAGAUAAACUGGAAGAGAUCUACCAGACACAAGACUUUGACUGCGCGGCUAACAAGUGUAAAUUCUUCGCCCUAUUCGCCUUUGGCCAAGCGUAUUCAAUCCGAUCCGAGCCCAAUUCUGGCUCCAGGGUACCGGGCACGUCGUACUUUGCUCGGUCAAUGGGAUUGGUCCAGAUCCUGCCGGAGAGAACCAGUAUUACACACUUGGAAACCCUGCUAUUGUUGUCUCUUUUUUCAUACUAUCUCAACCGACGUCAUUCAGCGUAUGUCUUGAUCGGAAACGCCAUGCGGAUGGGUUUGACCAUUGGCUUGAACCACAAUAUCCUAGAAUCACAGGUCAUCGACCCAGUGGAGCGCCAACACCGCAUCCAAAUAUGGUGGACAAUCUACAUCUUCGACCGGAUGUGGGGGUCCAAAAUGGGUCUCCCAAUGCAAAUCCUCGAUGAAGAUAUCCACGUCGACAUGCCGUCAACUAUCUCCCCUCGUUGGCGCCACGAAGAAGAACUCUCCGAUACAGAAUACAUGACAGCCAAUAUCAAACUGGCACGUAUAGUCGGUGAGACAAUCACCAAACUAUACAGCCGGCGAAAGUACCAAGAGACCUUCCUGCAGCGCGUCCAGAAACUUCUCAAAGCCCUGAAACACUGGGUAGAGACACUCCCCGAAUCCCUCAGACUGAACAUGGAAGACCUGGAAUCGAGCAAAAAGCCCAUAGUUUCCCUCCACAUGGCCUUCAACCAAUGCGUGAUCCUAACUACGCGCCCAACGCUACUGCACCUCCUAAUGACACUAAGCAAAAAAAGCAAACCCCGCCCCGAUACCGCUGAUAAUACCAGUGGGGCCGGGGCUGGAACCGAGAGCCAGGAGGUAUCGGUUUCCCAGCCCGUUCUGACACUAAGCGAAGCAUGUAUCCAUGCGGCACGGCACUCCCAUUCCAUGAUCUUGACACGGUGGAUCAACGGGUCCAUGCCGACGUUCGGCUAUUUCCACGCCCACUACCUCUUUUCCUCGGCGUUGAUCUUAGCAAUGUCUAGCUUUGUUCCGAUCGGCAAUCCGACUGAUAUGACGGGGUUCGACUCCGCGCUGGAUCUGCUGCGUUCCAUGACCGAGAAUGGAAAUUUGGCUGCGGCGGAAUUCUACCAUAACCUCGAGCAGGUGAAGGUUUGUCUGGCUGCGUAUCGGGGAGGAAGUCGGGGUGAGGGGGCUACUGAGAUGGCUGCUGGUGGAGGAGUGGCUCCUAAUACCAACGCUAAUACCAGUGGUAAUGCUCCCUCUGGUGCUGGUGCGCUAGCUUUAUCUAGGCCUGGGUCGGAUUUAGCAGCCGCUACUACUCCAUUUUUGAACACCUUGCCAUUGAACCCAUCCACAUCGGCAUCAACAUCGGCAUCUAUGCCUCCAACGUCUUUGAUGCCAACAACGCAUGAUAUCCUUGCUUCUGCCACCACUCAGCCUGUCCACAGCCAAGGUAUCGAUCCAUAUACCUAUCCCUUGAGGGAUACUAUCAGUGGGUACACGACCGAAAUGGCAUUUCUAGAGCCGACCAUGCAAGAUUUCCUGGCGCAGUCAGAUAUCGACCUUGGGCUGUUGCAUCCUGUUGAUACGUUCUUCAACGAGGCGGAGAAUCUAUAUACAUGUCAUGAAUUUUGA